GCGCAGCGGGAGUGGCAGCGGCUGCCGCCCGGGCGGUCUCCCCGGUGCCCGCUCGCAUCAUGGCCGUACCGGGAGACCCGCCGCCCCUCGGCCCCGUCCUGCCCGUCGCCGCCGUCCCUUCCUUCGCCGUGGCCCACGGCCUGGUGGGGCGCCGGUACUCCUGCCUGGUGGUGGUGCCCCACCGCAAGCACGUCGCGCUGCCGCCCCGCUAUCUGGGCCGCAAACGCAGCGGCAUCCGCGCCCUGCUGGACACCGAGCUCCUGCGCUACUCGGAAAGCCUUCAGGGUGUGCCGGUGGCUUAUGACAACAUCAAAGUGGUGGGUGAGCUCGGGGACAUUUACGACGAUCAGGGAUUCAUCCACUUGAACAUAGAGGCGGACUUCAUCGUCUUCAGCCCCAAGAAAGGGAAAAAAUUGGUGGGUGUAAUUAAUAAAGUGGCCCCUAGUCAUAUUGGCUGCCUGAUACAUGGGUGCUUCAAUGCUUCCAUCCCUAAACCUGAACAAAUGUCAGUCGUACAGUGGCAAGAGCUGGGAUUAAAAAUAGGGGAUGAACUGAAGUUUCAAGUAUUGCACUUGGAUUCUGAUGCAGCUGGGGUGUUCUUCAUUCGAGGAGGACUCACUAAAAGCAGCAUGAAGGCCAAACAAUCUGAGACCAUCACUGACAGUACAAACGGAUAUGAAAGUCAAAAGCUUGACCACCAGGAAAAUGGCUUGAAUGACUUGAGUGGGGGAGAUAAUAUGGCAGAGGAGACUCUGUGUGAGACAGAUAACCCUGGGGUGGCAAAUGCAGAAGAGGAAAAAGUUGAUGCUGUGAAUGGAGUAUCUGAUGAUAAAAACAAGAAGAAGAAAAAGAAAAAACAUAAGCAAGAAGUACAAGAACUUGUAUUGCCUACCAGUGACUCCAGUGGUUACCAAAGUGACCAUAAAAAGUCAAAGAAAAAGAAAAGAAAGCAUUGUGAAGUCGAAGACAGUGAAUUAACCCAGCUGUCACAGGAACCCAAAGCUAAAAAGAAAAGGGACUAAAGUCUGAAGUGCCUUUCAUGAAUAAGAUUCAGACAUUUUUGAUAGGCUUCCAAUAAAAUCCAAUU